AUGCAAAAAAGAGAUUCUGAAGAUGAAUACGGUGAUAAGAUCAUCCUCCCCGAGAUGGCGAUGGCGUAUAUUAAUGGCACGACUGCGCAGUAUCCAUUGAUGUUCCGUAUUUCCAACGGAAGUCAGUCGAGCUACUGUGGUGUAAAGGAGUUUUCAGCUCCAGAGAGGAAUUGUUAUGUUCCCCGCUGGAUAAUGGCAAAACUCCGCAUUUCCCCUGGUGAUUAUUUGAUUGUGGAAAACCUAAAUCUUCGAAAAGCGACCUUUGUAAAGUUAAAGUUCCGUGAUGGUACAUUCGGCGAGCUUAGUAACCCCAGAGCAAUUCUUGAAAUCAAGCUGAAGAACUUUUCCGUGCUCUCAAAGGGCGAUUCGAUCACAAUCGAGCAUUUAGGGAAAGAAUACAUUAUCGAUAUCAUAGAUACCCAACCGGACGAUGUUGUCGUGAUCGUCGAAACCGAUGUGGAAGUGGACAUCGAGUAUGCCGAAGUCGAGAAAAUAAGUCCUGCGAUCCAAGAGGAAUCCGACGUCACGGAGCCUUCGCCGCAGAUUGCCCGAUUCGCUGAAUAA